UCCCUUAAGUCUGGCCACACUGCUAAGAAAAGAAGAAAAUUUUCGCAAGAAAGUAAAGUUGAACUUUAAUUGUGCGUUUUGAAGUUUAUUUUAAGAACCGUGAUACCAUGACCGACGAUUGGCAGAGCCAGAAGUUCCGCCAGAAUGUCAUCUCCAAGAUCCACGACUUGUUGCCGCCGAAUUCACAGGAUCAGACGAAAAAUGCCGGCGUUAUGGAAAAUCACAUUUUCCGCAAGUCGCGCACCAAGGACGAGUACCUCGGCCUGGUGGCCAAGCUCUUCAUGCACUACAAGGACAUGUCCCGCAAGUCCCAACAGCAGCAGCAACAGCAACAACAACAGCAACAGCAGGGCGGCGGCGGUGGCCCGCCCCCGAAUCCCGAGAUGGGCGGCGGCCCCAACAUGAUGCAGGAUCCAUUGAAUGCCCUGCAAAACCUGGCCAGCCAGGGCAAUCGAAAUCCCCAAAUGAUGCCCAUGGGCGCUGGCGGUGUGGGUGCUCCCGUGCCCGGUGGCCCCGGCACUGCCUCCAAUCUACUGCAAUCGCUGAACCAACAGCGUCCGGGUGUUCAGCAGCAAAUGCAACCCAUGCCCAAUAUCCGCGGACAAAUGCCCGGCGGCCAGCAGAUGCAAAUGCAGGGCGGCGGCGGUGGCGGCGUGAUGAUGGGCGGUGGAGGAGCUGUUGUGGGCGCCCAAAAUCAAGGACAAAUGGUGGGCAAUCCCAAUCAGCAAAUGGUGGGUGGUGGCGGCGGCGGCGGUGUUAUGCCCAAUCAGAUGGUGGGACCGGGUCCAAACAGUGGCCCGGCUGGCGGAGGAGGCGUUGGACCAGCAGGGCCAGGAGCAGCGGGUGGCGGUGGACCUGGCGUGCCCAAUCAAAUGCAAGGCGGUGGACCAAUGAACGUGAAUGCCAUGCAACAGAUGCCGCCCAUGCAGCAGAUCCAACAGAACCAGAUUGUGAUGGGCAUGAAUCCCAUGAUGCGCAUGGGCCAGGGCAAUGGUAUGGGCGGACCCCAAGUAAUGCCCGGCCAGGGGAUGCAGGGCAUGCCCCCAAACAUGCAGCAGGGCCCCGCAGGACAGCAGCAGGUGGUCGGUGGAGGCGCCGGCCUGCCACCCAAUGCCGUGCAGCAGCAGCAGCAGCAGCAAGUAGGCAUGGGAAUGGGAGUGAAUAUGCCGCCGAAUCUCCAACAGAAACCCAAUAUGGCCAUGGGCCAGGCGGGAGGUCAAAUGUUUCCCGGAAAUCGGGUGGGACAGCAGCAGCCGGGACAGCCCUUUAUGCGCUCCAGUCCUUCGCCAGCGGAUGCCCAGCAGUUGCAACAGCAGCAGCAGCAGGCACAGCUCCAGCAGAUGCAGCAACAGCAGCAGCAACAACAACAGCAGCAGCAGCAGCCAACGCAGCAACAGCCACCCACCCCCCAGCAGAUGCCCACGCCCAAUAUGAUACCCAGCCCGGCACUGGUGCCCCAGUCCAGUCCACAGAUGAUGCAAAUGCAGAAUCCCCAGCAGCGCAACAACCUGCGUCAGCAGUCGCCGAGUGCCUCGAUCAAUACACCGGGACAGGUGACCGGCAACAGUCCCUUCAAUCCCCAGGAGGAGGCCCUGUACAGGGAGAAGUACAAGCAGCUGACCAAGUACAUAGAGCCGCUGAAAAGGAUGCUGGCCAAGAUCAGCAACGAUGGGACCAAUGUGGAGAAAAUGACCAAGAUGAGCAAGCUGCUGGAGAUCCUGUGCAAUCCCACACAGCGUGUGCCCCUGGAGACCCUUCUCAAGUGCGAAAAGGCUCUGGAGAAGAUGGAUCUCAUCUCCUAUUCCGGCCAGCAGUUUGGCAAAUCCUCGAAUCCCCUCCUGGAAGUGAUCAAUACCACCCUCCAAAGUCCCGUGGCCAAUCACACGCUGCAUCGCACCUUUCGUCCCACCUUGGAACUGCUCUUUGGCACCGAUAUAGCGGCUCCUGUGCCCGCCAAGCGACCCCGUGUGGAGGAAAAGAAGAGCUCAGCCUUCGAGCAGGAUGUGCCGCAUGUCCUCCAGGGCGAGAUUGCCCGCUUGGAUAGCAAGUUUAAGGUCAAACUGGACACCACAACGCAGAUAAAUAACAAGGCCAUACGCCUGAUUUGCUGCCUGGACGACAAGCGGUUGCCCAGCGUUCCGCCGGUGAGUGUCAGUGUGCCCGAGGAGUAUCCAUGGCAGGCACCGGACUGCUCCCUAACGGAACAGGAGUACUCUGCCUCGCCCUUCCUGCAAACGGUGCAGCAGGCUUUGAUCGCACGCAUAUCCAAGUUGCCCAAGAACUACUCGCUAUCCCAUCUGCUGGACACCUGGGAGAUGGCGGUGAGGCAGGCAUGCUCGCCGCAGGCCAAGCCCAAAACCGUUUGUGAAUUUACCGCGCUGUUGGGUGUUUAAUUCAAAUUAAAAUUAAGUGCAA